AUGGAGACUUCUUCUAAGAGGAAGAGAGGAACACAGAUUGACAAAACUAAGGCGGACACCACUGUGGACGAGAAAACGACGAGCGACGUAAAAGGAGACUCAGGAUCGAGGAAGAAAAAGACGAAGAAAAAAGAUGCUACGGAAAAUACUAUGGGCACAGUAAUAGUUGAGGUAGACAACAAUGAAAAAUUGAUAGAGAAAGGGAAGAGCAUCAUUACGUCAAUUCGAGCUCGGAAAAGCCGUUCCCUUACUUCUCUCAAAAAGAAGAAAGCCAAAAAACCGCCGUCAGAGAAGUCAUCUCGAACAAGCCUCAUGCUCGCACUAGGACCACAAGUUCGCGAGAGAUCAUCUAGAAAAAGCGUAAUGUUGCCACCAUCUCAACAACCGAAAGAAGAAAAAAGUGUCCGAACGACAUCAAUCAGAGAACGUCUAAAACGUGGACUGAAAUCGGCCAUCAGUGCUUUUAGCAAAGCUUCCAUUGAAAAAUCUUUUCAAAGCGCAAAAGCUCGACUUGGAUACACUCCGCCGGCGGGGAGGGUCACUUAUGCCUAUCAAGACACAUACAUGGGCGGGGCUGAGGAGGAGGAGGAAGAAGAAGAGGAAGACGAAGAUGCGGAGGCAUUCGCAGAUACAAGCCAUCGUGAUGAUUUGAUACUAGUAACGACUAACAAUACAAAUGAUGGGGAGUUAUUUAAUGAGGUGAGAAUCAGCAUCAUUUCAACGGCUAUGGUGUAG